AUGUCAGAUGCUCAUCAACGAUCAUUAUGUGGAGGAACUCAGGAUACCUUGUCACUUAGCAGAAAUGACUAUUGGAUUCUUGUCGGACGAGCUCCAGUUAGCUCUUUUAUCUGGAAAUACAUCAGAUGCGUGAGACAUCGAAAAAAGCGAGCUCAACAACUAAUGGGACAAUUACCUGCUAAUCUUACCACACCGACACGUCCAUUUCUCCACUCUGGCAUGGAUUAUUCUGGGCCUCUUAUGAUUAAAACUUGGAAAGAGCGGGCGGCUCGCACUUACAAAGCUUACAUCGCUUUAUUUGUCUGCUAUUCAACAUCAAUGAUCCAUCUGGAAUUAGUCAUCGACUACACAGCAGACGCCUUUAUCGUAGCUUACAAAAGAUUCACCGCAAGACGUGGCAUCUGUGUUACCCUACGAAGCGACUGCGGGACUAACCUAAAGGGUGCUAACUCAGAACUCCGAGAUCUAUUCUCCUCAUCUUCGAAGCAGCUUGGCAACCUAUCAGCACUCUUGGCCAACGACGGAACGCAAUGGCUCUUCAAUCCACCAGCGGCUCCUCAUUUUGGCGGAAAAUGGAAAGCUGGAGUAAAAUCAGUUAAGUAUCAUCUCCGACGAGUGAUCGGAGAUAAUCUCCUUAUUUAUGAAGAGAUGAAUACUUUGCUGUCGCAAAUUGAAGCUGUGCUUAAUUCCAGACCUCACUGUCCUCUUACUGAGGACCCAGACGACCUCGGAGUUCUCACACCAGGACACUUCCUCAUCGGAGGUCCAUUAACUGUUAUUCCUGAGCCAUCCUUGGAAAGCAUAAAAGUAUCCCGUUUCUCUCGAUGGCAGCUCCUGAGACAGAUGCUGGACAGCUUUUGGACCAAGUGGUCCAAAGAAUGCUUGCAACGCUACCAAACCAUCUACAAGUGGAAUCAACCUUCAAGAUCUCUGCAGAAAGGUUCCUUGGCUCUCGUUAUAGAAGAGAGAUAUCCACUGUCCAAGUGGCCGCUAGGUCGAAUCCUGGAGGUCCAUCCAGGGAAAGAUAGGCACACUCGAGUGGUGACCAUUAAAACGCACACAUCUACCUUUAAGCGGCCGAUCACUAAGAUAAGCCCUCUACCAGUCGACACAAAUACAUUGUAA